AAAACCCCAAUCUGCCUGUCAUGCGCGCUAACAUUCACUGACUCUCUUUUCUUUCCUUUGUUCCAUCAUGUCAUUCCUCACAGUCCGUAUUCACGUCGUUCCUUAACUCUCUUGGUAUUCCCCUCCUUUGUUCCGACCAUUGGCGCCCAUCUCCUUUUAGAUCGGUCUGAAUCCCGGACUUCCGCUGCGUCUUCCUUCCCCUUGACGCUUUGACGCUUCAGUCUCAUUCUCAUCCUCGACAGACGCCCUCUCCACCACCACCACCACUCCCAUACCUCACCCAUCAGCGUUUCUUGCAUGGGAUUUCCCGAUCGCGAACUUCACCAUGCCGCCGUCUAAGGCACGAUCGAGCCCGUCCGCCGACCGUCGCGAUCGUCUGACGCUUGCGAAACUAGCCAGCUACGACGACGUCGCAACGGAUGCGCUGGUUGACCGUGCCUACUUUUGGACAAAUACCCGCAAGAACCGCACCAAGUACAACCCCGCCCGCGGCAUCAGGGAUGAUGAGGUCGCUGGGAUAAUCCUCCACGACAUCAUCGUGGGCAAGGACGCAGCCAAAGCCGAGGGCAAGCUGCUAAACAUGUCCGGUUUGAAGAAAUAUCUGGCCAAGCUGCCCACCGACCGUGAAAAGGAAUGGUUCCGCCGACACCUCCGCAAAUACGUCCAGAUGUAUCUCCCUGAUUCGCCCUUCGAAAUCACUACAACCAAUCGCUACAUGGUCACCGAGCAUGAGGCUGCCAUCUGCGCCCGUAAAUUCAUCAAGCAGGGCCAGGAGAUCAAGUACCUCAGCGGGACCUUGGUGCCCAUGACGCGUGAAGAGGAACAGGAUCUCGACCUGAAGCGGAAGGACUUCAGUAUUGUCAUGUCGAGUCGGAGAAAAACCCCGUCCUUCUUUCUCGGUCCCGCUCGAUUCGCCAACCACGACUGCAAUGCCAACGGACGACUGGUCACGCGAGGCAUGGAAGGGAUGCAGGUGGUGGCCAUCCGCAACAUUCAUAUUGGGGAGGAAAUUACGGUCUCAUACGGAGACGAUUAUUUUGGCAUUGACAACUGCGAGUGUCUUUGUUUGACGUGCGAGCGGGCAGUCCGGAAUGGCUGGGCGCCCCAGGUCGAUUCCGAGCAGGAGAGCCAAGACCAAGACUCAACGCCAGCCUCGAACGAUGAGGCCAUAAUCACCGACGCUCUGCUUUCCCCCAAGAAACGCAAGCACGCACAGGACACGGAUUCGGAAAGCUCACCUGUAUCCACACCUCGUAAAAGAACCAAGUUUACGCGGCAAAAUUCCAAAUUGCGGUCUGAAGUGUUGUUUUCCGACCUCACCCCUUCCAUUGAGUCCGCCACGGAUCAGCCCGCAGCGGCCACCGAGUUUUCAGCCCAGGCUUUGGCUGUGCCACCCGCCUCGGUCACGGAAACCAUCAGCGACCCCAUCGUCGAUAACCAUGUCGAGUCGACCAUUCAGAGCUCCACUGUGACAGAACCCGAUUCACCUAGUUCACUCGACGCCGAUGAUUCGCACCGGUCCUCGACCUCCACAGUGGCGACGUCUGUAUGUGACAAUGCCGUACAGGUCAAAGUUGAGGAGGUCACGGAAUCGUCCAUUCGAGGUUCUCCGUUGACCGUUGGGGAAGACCUCGACCUCUCAAUCCCUCGCCCGGCAGACAGAGAACGACGCAUACUCGGCACCGACGGGGAUGCACUGUCGGACCUGUCUGACUCCCUGGAGCUGGAUGAGAAGCUGGGAACAGUUGUGAAAAAACCAAGGAGGUCCCGGAACAAGGAAGUCGUUCCCUCGGUCGAGGUCGAGCCGCCUCGUGCUCGCGUUCCCGGUGACUACACCAAGACCUCCAGAUUGCUCGCACAGGCUUACGAUCGAUGGGUUGAUUGCCGCACAUGCAACGUCUGGUUCGUGCAACAAGAUUCCUAUCUGACGCGGCGGGAGUGCCCUCGGUGCGAACGCCACUCUAAACUAUAUGGCUUUCAAUGGCCGAAGACGGACAGAGAAGGCCCGGCAGACGACGAAGAACGCGUGAUGGACCACCGCACUGUGCACCGAUUCCUCUACCCUGAUGAGGAGGCGCUUGUUACCCGUAAGGACCGUGGAAUUAGCUUUGGCAUCACCCCGACGCCUGAGCUGUCUGAGCCUCAUGCCGACACGGAGGAGAGUGAGGCCUGCGAUGACCGACGCAACACGCGCGCCAGCAGACGACGGACGCGGUCGCUUCGGAUGACUAUGUAAUGAUAGGAAUGGGUAGGUUUGGGAUAUUUUGGGCAUGGAGUUUUGAGUACCGGCGUUGAAUGACGACGACCACGAGGGCUUCGACAGUUCGGCGACUUGGACUGCGUAAUCUUGGAAGAUCUCGUCCUGAUCUCUCGCUGGCUGUCUGCCUCACACGGCAUUUAUCUGACAUAUUGUUACACUGUAUAGAGUAUUGGUCCGCUUUUGGCUCCUGGCUCUUGGGCCCCUAUUGUAUUUACCCGAGAUCAACGCCAUCCCAGGGCCGUUGGAAUGAACCUGGACCCUGUCUACUGACGGGCAUUGUGCAAC